AGGUUCUCGGGUUUCCUGCAACCACACAAAAGCAUGCCAGUAGGAGGACUGGUGACCUGUGUGUGAAUGAAUGCAUGGUGCCCAGUGAUGGACUGGUGACAGGGUGUUCAGUAUGAGCAGAUUGAUAAAUAAAAGUCCUGGGAUGAUUACAGGACAGUCUUUAUGAUAAAAGCAGCAGUUCUAAGGUACAACUCUACAGUGAAGUGUAUUCAUGUGGGUCCAUCCACAGCAGCAGUAUAGUGUAGAAGCUUGAAGUAGAGGAAGUAUUUACUACUAGUCCAGUUGAAGAUGUGACACAUGAUGGCAAGAUUGUAUCUUUUGUAUCUUUAGCUGUUGUGACUGUGCAAAAAGUGUCUGAGUUAAAAAAAAAAAGAAAAGAGGAUGAGAAGUUAGUCACUGCAUGCAUCCAGUGGUUAAUAAAAGGCAAUAUGGUAAUGGAGGACCGCCUUCACGCGUCGCCUUGGCAACGAGUGAGAAAACGGUAUUGCAAAAUUCUCCAACCAUGCGCAGCUCAGUCACCUUGAGCAGGUAACUAUGCAUUUAGAGCAAAAGUCAUUAAAUCGAGGGAAGUGAUUAAACAUAGUGAUGCACGACUGAGGAUCGUCGCGCGCGCGUGAGGACCGCGGACAGCUCGGCGCGCGCCUUGUGUGAGAGGAAUGCGCCUUAUUUUCCCUCGGAUGAGAGCUCUUUGCGCCUUUUCUCCCCGGAGGAGAGGCACUCGCCUUGCUCUGUCUGCACUCUCCUCAUCUGCGGAGUGGCUGCACUGAGCAGCGUGGAGGAAAAGUUGUCGCGGCGCGGACUUUGAGGUCAUAUAUGAAGAUCGGGACUGCGCGCAGACAUGCCCAUGCACCCCGUCACUUCCACUUUGAUGUACCGCGGGAUCUGCACCAUCCCGGACAUCCUCUCGUACGGGACACCGGUCAACCUACCUGAAGAUGAAGUGGAGGAGAUUCGGGAAGCGUUUAAGGUGUUUGAUCGCGAUGGGAAUGGCUUCAUCUCUAAGCAGGAGUUGGGCAUGGCCAUGCGCUCUCUGGGCUACAUGCCCAACGAGGUGGAGCUGGAGGUCAUCAUCCAGAGACUGGACAUGGACGGAGAUGGCCAAGUGGACUUCGAGGAGUUUGUGACACUCCUGGGGCCAAAGAUCUCUGCGGCUGGGAUGCCUGACAAGUUCAACGGCACAGAUUUUGACUCCGUGUUCUGGAAGUGCGACAUGCAGAAGCUCACCGUAGACGAGCUGAAGCGUCUUCUUUAUGAGACGUUCUGCGAUCACCUGACCAUGAAAGACAUCGAGACCAUCAUCAUGACGGAGGAGAACCACAUCGAGAACCCUGAGGACUGCCAAGUGGACAUCGACUCGGAGAGUCCGACACAGCAGGUGAAACAGACGUGUGUAAGGAAGAGUCUGAUCUGCGCCUUCGCCAUUGCUUUCAUUAUCAGUGUUAUGCUCAUCGCGGCCAAUCAGGUGCUCCGCAGUGGCAUGAAAUAACGUUGGCGUUCAAUCACAAAACCUGUGAACAUUCAACACUAACUGUAAGCAACACUGUAAACAAAACAAAUUAUAUGAUCACAAGAAGCGACAAACUGAGUCCAACUAAACCACCUGGCAGUACUGUGAUUCAAUUUGUAAUUAAUUUAAUUGCAAAUUUGUAAUAAGUACUGAAUGGAAUCUAUUAUACACAGACCUACAACUGAACAAAAGGGGAAAAAAUGCACAGAAAAAAGACUGUUUGAUUGGAUCCACAUCCUGAUCAGGUCAUGCGACUUAAGAAACUCUACUUUCCCAUUGGCCUUGAUGUCCAAGAUGCAUGGAAACCUCCAACCCAGGAUCCUCCUCCUGCUCCUCCUCCUUCAGUGCAUGAAGUGAUGAAGUGAUGCAUGGACUUCCAGUAGUCUUAUAGCAUCUGUCGUUUUGUCUGUAUGCCAGUGGAGGAGUUGAGGAUGUCAUCUUUAGACUGGAAAUAUACCCUCUAUACAGCGUGUUGAUCCAUGUGCAUGACUAUAAGGGCUGUUCAGGAUAUGCUCAUGUUGUACAGUGUGUAUGUGUGUUACGUGUUGUUUAUCAGUUCCUGUGCUUUCUUACCCGUUGCACUGAGCACAUUGUAGUAAUAUUUCAUACUGCCAAAGGGGGGCGCAGCAGCCCUGAAGUGUUGUUGUGGUGAUGUAUUGAGGUUCUGUAUUUCUUUAGAACUGGGAACCAGAAGCUGACGACCCUUGAGAUUCAACUUAUUUACAUGAGUAGCUUCUUCAAUAUUGGCUGUAGCUCCUCUGGUGUAUUUACUCUCGACUGCAAAAGAAAAAACAUGUUGGUCUUCGUUAAUCUUGACAUUUAUUUUUGGUUGAAUUGGUUCGGGUGGGGUUGUAUCGGAAGUAAGUGACGUCUGGUAACGUUAUGUCAAAUUGUAAUUAGCAAUAACAUUGUAAUCGUUCCCAUAAAAAUACUAGUGGCCUCUUUUUGGCAUCUAGCUCAAAUUUUUUUGGAACAUUUUAGACCACCUUUACAUAACCAUCGCAAGUAAAAAAUAAAUAAAAAAAAAUGGUAUUUGGCUGAGUAAUUUCAACUAGCCAUUACGUCUCUGGUAGGGAGGUUUUUUUUUUCCCCCUCCAAUUAGGUCCAAUUAUUUUUAAAAGCUUUAAAAAAUAUGACCUUGCUUGAAAAAAUAAUUCAUUAACUGUUUAAAUGUCUGGAAGGAAAGGGAUUUUUUUAAACCAGGGUCAUUUAUUUAAAUGACAGUAGAAAGAAGGGUUAGCACAGUAGAAGGUUAAUUAUCGUCAUUACCCUAUAGUCAUUGGUGGAUGACGUUAGUGUGAUGCAGUUAAAUAAUUGCACAGUAAAGAUUAUUUUUACACGGAUGCAAUAAGCGGACCACUUCUACAAAGUAAUCAAUUUAGUUUUUUGAACUGGAGGUGGAAUUGGUGAAGCAGCGUGAACAAACUGCAACCUACGUUAUUUUGCUGCUUUCUGCGAGAACCAAGUCCCUAAAAAUACACACAAAAUACACAAACAACGGUACAUGUUUGGCUUUAUCAUACAUACCAGCUUUUCUAGCACCGGUACUUUUGCCGAAGAGAUGCCACUACCUAACAUUAUGUACGUAUCUGACACGCCCACAUCUUUUCUAAUCAGAUGGAAAGCAUUACAAAUCUUUAAUAAAUUGUUUUUACAUUUAAAAGCAGAUUGACAUGGACUUUAAAAGACUAAAACAGUGCACACUUUCCCAAAAUGACACAAAGAAAACAUAAGGUGAAAGGAAAGAUGAAGGAUUGGGUCAAACUCAGGACUUCAAGGUGUACAGCAAUAUGAUUGAUUUGAUCAAGACAGGAUAGAGAUUGCUUUAGGAGUCUGUACAUCUUCUCUUGCACUCACAGACAUAUAUAUACACACACAAUAAAAGAAAUCACAAUCUCAAGAGACGUUAACUGCAGGUUCCCGUUUCUGGAAAAAAAAAAAAUGAAGCAUGUCUGGUUCAAGAGACACUCUUUAUGUUUGGCCAGAAGUGAAAUUUUCAAAAUUUGUGCUCUAAGACUGAAGUUUUGCACUGAUAAAAGCUAUGAGGUUAGUGUUGCUUACAAGUAAUGAAAACUUGUAGCCACUAGUUUAGCCUUUGGGCAGCCUCAAAUCAUCACACUCUUGCUUAAAAAACUUAAAAAACAGAUUUGCUUAUCUGGUUUCUGACACACUGAUAGUUAUAAAAAUAUACAAACUGACAACACAGUCAUAGGUCCAUUGUGAAGCCAAAUCUCUUUCUUACUUACAGCAUCAUUUGGUGUGAAUGAGGUAGGAGACAUGGCCCAAAAUUUCUCAAACUUUUAGUAAAGUUGUGUUGUAGAAUGUUUUCAUAAGCCAAACUGAACUUUCUGCCAGAUUUACAAAAGUAUCUGUAGCAUUGAUUUUCUUCAUACUCACUUAGGUAUAUUGAUGAAUGCCAAUCAUACGUAAAUUACCAAGUGCAUCCAUGACAGCUGAAUUGCAGUUAGGGACGCCCACAAAACUCCAUAAGGGAAAAGCUCAUAGACAGCUGAAAAUGACAAAAUGACGAUUAAAUAGUGAAAGAGUGCUUCCUAAGUGUGGUGUGUGCUAAAUCUUCCAGUAAUACAGCUCAGCCACUGCAGUGCAUCAGUUACUAUAGACACACUAAGUCUUUCUACUUUUAUAGGGUGCCAUUUCUUUUGUCCUAAUUGAAUAGCUAGUCUUUUUGGUCUAUUAAUUUAGGAGAUUAAAUUUUUUAAUUAGGAUGAAAUGACUGAGUUUCACAAAAUUUUCAUUAAAUUUGUGUGUGUAAUUGAAAUAAAUAAAACUUGACAGUGUAAUCUGUAUAUACGAUUCCAGUAACUUGUACUAAUUAUACGAUUUGAAGUUGAUCAGUCGAGAUUCACAUUAAUGAGUCUCUUUAUAUGUAAAUUUACACAAACUCAGGAGCGUUGUGUAAAUGCUCCAAGUGACUUACAAAUAAAUUAGUUAUACAGGUUGGUAAAUGAUGUCUUUUGAGGCAAGUGUGUGAUUAUGUCAACAUGCUGCCCAGCUAUAAGCUUUCUUUACUUAUUAGCAACAUUAGCAACAUUAGGCUCAUAGUGACAACAUAACCUAAGCAAGCAAGCUUCAAACACCAAAAAAAGUCUUUGUUGAACUUUUCAACAUUUCAUUUUUGGCCAAACUAUCACUUUUAUCAUAUGAAUACAAACAGCAUUAAUUAUUCCAUCUUCAAAUCACUAUGCAUAACCCAAACGGUCAAUCCUAUGUACAGUAAUUGUUUCCUGUCGUUACCCACAACUACCUUUGCACUGUUGAUGCAUGAUCGUGUCGUGUCAGAAAUGAUGCGAAGUUAGAAGAGUGCACUAAGUGCAUCUUAUCAACAAUUUACUGUGAUUUCAGGAAAUGACUUUAAUAAUUUACGACUGUCCAGACAUAAUGUAAUAUAGAGAAAAUAACCAUAAAAUAUAUUCUAUCCAUAUUUUGAAAUAUAAAUAUAAUGUAUUGAAAUAUAUUACAGUAUAUUUACUUCAUAUUUUGGAAUGUAUUCCAGAAUAUUUCAUUUUACAAGUGGGUAAAUACCACCAGAACAAAUUCACCCUGUUAUUCAUGAUGUGUAAUAAUUCUGUUUUGUUUUUCUGUAUAUAGCAUGCAUCCAUUAUUGUGUUUGACAGUCAAAUGCAGCAGAUUUGUUUGUGAAUGUUUUCUGAGUCUAUGUGCAAUGUGACCCACUGACAGCAUAUGGAGUGUAAAAUCACUGCAGUCCAAAUCACACACACAAAAUAUGCUCCACAUUGGUUUGGGGUUUAAACUUAGUGUCCAGGGAAGACUUCUGGUUCAUUACCCACCAGCCGCAUGAAUAGUAAGGUCCAAAAGCCUGAAUCCAUGACUAAGAACUGUUUCAUUUCAUCAGUUAUGAAAUAAAUCUGCAGUACAAAUUCCUAAAGCUAUAUUUUUCAAACAAGAUUCACUAGUGUAAGCCCAAAACUUAAAAGAGUCAGUUGGUUGUUUUCCUAUAACAGCAUGUCCUGAGGUGUUUUCCCCUUAUACCACGGCAUCUUGCCAACACUGAGUUGUUAGCUCCUUCAUUUGCAUUAUAACAGCUAUUAACAGACAUUCCCUCAUUUUUCUCUUGAAGUUUUUUUGAAGACAAAAAUUGCAGUUCGUGACUCAAAAAACUUAAACUGCAAAGCCCUCCUUCAUGCAGACAUUCCUAUGGUGAAAUAAAUUAAAAUGACAUCUUUACCUCUGACUGUUUCAAAGUGCUGACACUGGAGACUCCUUACAUAAAUGUUAAAUAAACAGCUCCUAACAGAAUUCUUCACAAUAUCAACUUAUAUUUGGUUAAGUAACAUCACUUUUUGAAUCUGUUUAUUAUUAGACAUAAAUUAUGUGGAGUUUUCACAGUACAAUCUCCGUGAAUUCAGAUCGAAUGUUACUAUAGAAACGAUAACAUUAGAAUAAGUGCAAAAACAUAAACCUGUGAUUUGUAGUUGAACUAUUGUCAGAGCUGCUGUUAUAGAAAAAUAAGCAACAGUUUCUGACCAAUCAGAUUUGAGAAUUCAACAUAAGUCAUAUAACUUAUUUAUUUUAAUAUUUUACAUAAAUUGAGUGAUAUUCAGUAGCUACCAAGCUAUGUAGCUAUUUAAUUAAUUAUGUUUAGCCACUCCAAUGAUAAUGAAUAGUGCUAGUUAUAUUUAGUAGCUAUAUAUAUGGUACUGUUUGUAAGCUAGCUGUUUAAAUUUAUACGAUGUAGUCUGAUAAUAAAGCUAGCUAGUUUAUUUAACAGCAUUCAAGAUCAGAUGCAUGAUUUCACUCAGUGAACAAUAUCUAUGACAUCCUGACUGCAGAAAUGGAAGUCAAAAAGCAACAGACUUUUGGACCUUAUAGCCAGCUUUCUGUUUAUUUGACACAUUAUAUCUAUAACGACACAUUAAAUCAGAAGGACUGGUCUAGCUGAAAUAUGCAAUAGAUACGUACUUAAAGGGCAUGAUCACUAUUUUCAAGCAGAAUCUGGUGAGUUAGGGUAAGGGGACAGCAGUGUUAAUUUGGUAUUGUGUUACUGUGUUAGCUGUAUUUCCAUGUGGAACUAUAUAAAUAUAAAAGAGACAUGUUGAACUUACAUGAAAUAAGAAUGUUUACCUGAGAGUAUGGAGUGCAUAUAUGUCAAUCAUUUUAGAAACAGAUCAGCUGUGGGUCGAGUACAGCAUGUGCCCGACUAUGAGGUGCUGUUUAGGUCAGUUCUCAAAUUACAGUUCUUAUCCACACACACGCACAUACACACACACACACACUGAUCUGACAGUCUCUGCUUUACGUCAUACAUGCACACAAAAUAUUCUCACCACUUUAACUCUAACAUAAGCAAAAUGCUCUCACCUUGCUGCUUUACCUCACAAUUACACACAAUAUGCUCUCGUACUAGCUUCACUAGCUAGAGAACUAGCUUCACUAGUUUUACCUCACUCAAACUGAUGUCAAAUUGAACAGAACUCUUUCGUAUUCACAUAAAUCUUCUCCUGCUCACCAAAAUUCAUUACAUGCUUAUUUUUUGUGAGAAGUACAAUGGCAAAUAUGAGAUUGUGAAUAAGAUACAAUGGUGUAUGUUUUUUCUGAGGUAAAAGGGCAAAUGUGAGAAUGUUCUGUGUGAAUGUCUGAGGUAAAAUGGUGAAUGUGAGAGUGUGUGAUUGUAGUAAAAUGGUUAAUUUGUGAGUUUGUGGUAAUUUCUGAGGUAAAAUGAUGAACGUGAGAGUGUGUAAAUGAGCUAAAUGGUGAAUGUAAGAUUUCUGUGUGAAUGUGAGUUGAUUUUUUGUAAGGAAAAAGGGUAAAGUUGAUACUGUUCUGUGUGAAUGUGUGAGGUAAAAUGGUGAACGUGAGAGUGUGUGUAUGUAGUAAAAUGGUUAAUGUGUGAGUUUGUGGAAAUUUCUGAGGUAAAAGGGUAAAUGUGAGACUGUUCUGUGUGAAUGUCUGAGGUAAAAUGAUGAAUGUGAGAGUGUGUGAAUGUAGUAAAAUGGUUAAUGUGUGAGUUUGUGGAAAUUUCUGAGGUAAAAGGAUAAAUGUGAGACUCUUCUGUGUGAAUAUGUGAGGUAAAAUGGCGAAUGUGAGAGUGUGUGAAUGAGCUAAAUGAUGAAAUGUAAGAUAUAUGUAAGAUUUUUGUGUGAAUGUGAGUUGUUUUUUUUAGGUAAAAGGGUAAAGUUGAUACUGUUCUGUGUGAAUGUGUGAAGUAAAAUGGUGUAGAUGUAGUGGUAAAUGGUUAAUGUGUGAGUUUGUGGUAAUGUCUGAGGUAAAAUGAAUGUGUGAGGUAAAACUGAAUUUGCAAGUGUUGUGUGUGAAUGUCUGAGCUAAACAUGAGUGUUUUAUGUGAAUAUCUGUGGUAAAUAGUGAAUAUGAGUGGUGUGUGUGUGUGUGUGUGUGUGUGUGUGUGUGUGUGUGUGAAUGUCUGAGGUAAAAUUGUGAAUGUGAGUGCUGUGUGUGUGAAUGUGUGAGGUAAAAUAAUGAAUUUGUGAGUGAGAUAGAAUGGUGAAAGUGAGUGUUUUUGUGUGAAUGUCUGAGGUAAAAUGGUAAAUCAGAGUGUUGUCUGUGAAUGUGUAAGGUAAAAUGGUAAAUGUGUAUGUUUUCUGUAAGGUAAAAUGAUGAAUAUGUAUAUGUUAGAGCAAAGGUUUGAAUAACGGCACCUCCAAAAAAAACCUCAUGUGUGACGGCUGCAUUUCUGGAACAAAUAUGUUUUUUCAUGGGUUGCGUUAUCUGUCCCAUUGGUGUUCCAUAUGCGCUGAAGCAAUACAUCGAUUGUUGAGGCAGGUACUACAUAUAUGGACAACUGUAUAAAAAUCUGGGCGCUAUCUGAGAUUUCAAGGUGCAAGAGCUGAACAAGACCAGUGGGAUAUUUUAUUUUCUUAUUGCACUUUAAAAUCCUAUUAUACACAAGUUUAAUGAAUUCACAUUGUCAUUGGAUCAAUGAUUAUUGUAGAUAUGCUGUAUAUGUAUAUACUAAAUGAGUUUUCUAUUAUAUAAAUGUUUGUUUGUAGGUAAUAUAUGUACAUGUCCAAAAUUAUUAUUUGUUCAAAAGAUGGCAAUAUAUAAAGCAGGCCUAAGAGGUUGGAUGUAAGGCUUAUUGUUGUGUAGUUUUGUGGGAUAAAAAUACAAAUGUUCGUCAAAGGCAGUGCUUGGUUUAAAUAUUUGAAUACUUGAGAUUUAUACCAUGCUGAAUGUUGUUCAUUUUUUAUUUGCCCUAUACAGUCUCAUUUUUGUUCACUGUUUACAAUGAUAUUUCUUUAUUGAAAUUUUAGACAAACCUCUGUUUAAUCUUACUUUGGAUUAUAUGUAUAUUUUUACUGGUUUUUUUUUUGGUCAUAAAUAUAUUUAUUGAUGCACCAUGCUGUUUCUGAGCUUGGGUAAAUCUGAUAUGUGAUAUGUGCGUGUUGGGUCCAGCCUGUGAAGUGUGUUUACUGCGUCUUCCUGUAAUACUGUAUCUGACAAGAAUAAAAAGAAGGCCAGACAAACUGGCCUCGUGCAGUGCUAUACACUUUUUGUAAUAACACAACAUGAGAAAUGAGUUCAUGUUAGUUUGUUACAGCAAGUCUCAACUUGCUGUAAAGUCAGCACCUCUCACAAUUUACCAUAAGUGUUCAAUGUUUGGUGUGUAGAUCCAAUUCUGAGGCACAGGCCAAAUAUGAGAUACACACAAAAAAGGUGGUAAAACAGAAUGUCAUUAUGCCUUAAAAUCUGCUAUAUCACCUAAAUUCAUACAUUCAAACUCAUGAUUAAACAAAUCUGUUUAUGUGAUUCAUAAGUAUAUAUAAAAGGGUGGAAAAAAUGACAAACAAUAGUGGCUCUGUUAUGCUGUGGAGGCAUUUAUUUACUUUUCUCAGAUAGUUUGGCUCCACUUAUCUCCUUAAUGCAAAAUAUCACUGCAAAUCAAUAAAAUGUUCUUCAGACUGAUCACAUUAUUCCUAUGAUGAAACAUUUCUAUCCUGUUGGGCGUGGUCUCUUCCUGGAUGACCCCACCCCCAGGGCACACGGGCUCACUGAUUGGUUUCAUGAGGACGAAAAUUAUAUAAAUCAUAUGCUAUGGCCUUCACAGUAAAACAGAUCUCAACCCAAUUGAACACCUAUGGGAGAUAUUGGACAAAGUGUUAAAAAAGUGAUCUCCAGCAUCAUCAAAACACCAACGGAGGGAAGAUCUUUUGUAAGGACGGUGCUCGUCAUUCCAGUACAGUUCCAGAGAUGCAUAAAAUCUAUGCCAAGGCACAUGGAAGCUGUUCUGAUGGCUUGUGGUAGCCCAGAACCUUAAUACCACACUUUAAUUUGUUAUCCUUCUGUAUCUGUCUAUUAAUCUGUCGAUCUAAUCUAAACUGAAGGGAAGCUAUAUGAAAGUGUGUGGAUGUGUAUUUGUGUAUGAUACACAUUAUAUCAAUGGA